AGAAAAAUUAAUGUCAGACGAGCCAACAACAACAAAGCGUUCGGACGUAAUCGGAAUAAAUUUUUUAUUUUUUUUUUUUGUUUUCGUUGAUUUUCUCCAGUUCCGUCGGUCGUUAUGUCGUUAUGUGAACGUUAGAAUUAGUUAUCGGAAUACCGACUACUACGAGUACUAUUCUCAAAUACAACGAUCCGUGAGCGCGUCCUAGGUACAUCUGACGCUUCGUUGAAAACCAAUUUUUGGGUGUUGAAUUGUCCGGGAAGUUGUUCGCAAAAUGUCGAAUGUCGCCAAUACCUUCAAACAUGAUUACAUAGGUGGUGGAAAAUAUCGUGUUGUCCGGAGGCUCGGCAGCGGGUCUUUCGGAGAGAUAUUCCUCGGACUCAACGUUAUUAACGGCGAGGUAAUUAUUUUUUGUAAUUUAUGUGGUCUUCGCCCUAUUAUUACGAAUUGCGUAAGUACGUGUGCUCACGCAUGUGUGUGUACGUGUGUAGAUAUAUGCAUGAAUAUCAAUAUAUUAUGCACUUCAUACACAUUUAUGUACAUAAUAUAUGUGCGUGUGCGUGAUUUAUUGCCCACAAGAAUAAUAUAUUAGGCUUGACUACUUUAGGCCGCACUUUUUAACUCUUUACUAUAUUAUUUUUCAAUCUGUGUUCUAAUAUUCUAUUAAAUGUUAAUAAUAUAAUAUGUAUACCCUACUAUAAUGACAACUUAUUACUGUACCAAUAUUUUAGUAAAGAAAAACUAAUUUAAUCAAGCCACUAAAUAUAAUAAGUAUUUGUUUACACAACAGUUACAAUUUGUAUGUACAAAAUAAAAACUGUAGGUACUUAGGUACUUACAUUUAUUUGUUACCUUUAAACUUUGUAACUUAAUUAAUAAAGUAAAAUUAAUGAAUUAAUUUAUAAUUAGAAACUAUUAAUUAUUAUUUUAAAGGUAGUUAUCUAAGCAUUCUUGUUAUUACAAUUUGGGAUAAAAAUAUUGAUUUGAAAUACCUAUCUAUUUAUCAAUAAUUCAUCAAUGUCCGCACACAAUAGUGCUGUAGCGGUGCUGGUGGAGAUGUCAGUUUUCAGUGGUGGUAUAAUGGUACACAUGUAUUUAAUACUAGGUAGGUCCACAUACCACCACAUUGAAAUCUGUGGUAAAUUGUUGCAUUGUGGCAAAUGUAUAAAUAUAAUAUUGGUUUUGACUUUUAAAAGAAUAAAAAUCAGCGUCAUCGUCACCAUUGCAGUGUGUGUGUGGUAGUUUACUUGUACCAAUUUUAUGUGAUACUCAAUACAAGUACAUUGACAUAUCCUUUAUCAUAUAUUUAUAACAAUAUUAUAAGUACCUAGGUAUAUUGGUUAAACUAUUGAAUUUGAAAAUAUUUUUAAAUUUUCCUCUUGCUUUAAUUUCUAAGCAUUUUCUAUGUGGAUUUUUGAAUUCAGCUCUUAAUACCAAACACAGCAUGUGUUUAGAAUCAUUAAUACCAACACAUCUUUUAAAUUAAAUCACUCAAACUAUAAUUAAAAAUAUAGACAUUAAACACAAGUAGAAUAGAAUCUUAUCUAGUUUUAAUUUAGAUGUAUUUAUUUUAUUUAUAAAUAUGAAUCGACUAGAUAUUUAAGUACCCGUGUAAAUCUUAGUAUUAACGAUAAUUAUUGAUAGUAUUUUAAGAGCAAAUUUAUAAUUUUAAUUGUACACCUAUCUAAUUAGAUACAUAAUUGAUUUUAAUAAAUAUUAAUAUUAUUUUUAACCAAGUUGAAUGUCUAGAAAUAAUUUGGAUCUACCUGUUAAAUACUUCAUACAAACUUGAAUAAGGGAGUGUAUAUAGUUCACACGUAUUAUGUACUAUAUAUCUUCUAGAAUAUAGUAAAAUACCUACUUUAGAAAAUGUAUAUACUUGGUUCAUAAUUUAAUUUAAAAUUUGUCUUACAAAGAUGGGUAUAUUACUAAACUGAAUGUAUUAUUAGGUAUUUUAUGUUUAUUUUGAAAUUAAAUUGUUAACUUGUUAAACAAAUUUUUUUUCCAUAUACUUUAAGAAAUUCCUCUAUUUUGAAACACAUUUAAUAAUAAAUUAAUAAUAGGUUAGCAUGUAUUUAAAAUAAUUAUAAAUUCAUAUAGUUUUGUAAUUUAUUCAUAUUAUUAGUGAGUUACACUUAAAGUUCUUUUAUCAAUUUUAAUUGAAAAAAAAACGGAUAUACUUUGAAAAAACCAAUACAUGAGUCAUAAGAAAAUGAAUAAUCAAAUAAGCAAUUAUUACUAUUAUUUUUAAAUUCAAAGCAGUAAUGGAUAUUAUAUAUUCCUAAUCUAAUCAAAUAGAGUGCAAAUAAAUUGGAGUUUAAUGCUUGUCUGUAUCUACUUUGUUGGUUCCAUUGAAAAAAAAAUGUAAUGUUUCCAAUAGAUAAUUUUGUAUAUAUUUAUAGAUACCUAUUUUCAUGGUCGCGGAAGUGUUGUUUACCUCAUGCACUUGGUGUCAAACACAAAGUUGUUUGGACAAAUUGAAAACAAUUUCUUGUUUUUAAUUUUUCACAGUUUUAUCAAAAACAUUCAAUUCUUGAUUAAAUUAAUGUUAAAUGUUAUAAUAAAUCAAACAAAUUAUCUAGUUUAUAUUUUUUUUAUAGAUAUUCUGCAGUAAUAUAAACACGUUAGAUGCUUAUUAGGCACUGAAAAAGAAAACACAUUGUUAGCAGGAUCCGUUUAAGUUAUUUUGUCUCUCUAGGUUGAGAUAUUUUAGCCAUCCUAUCAUAGUAUAAUUUGGCACAUUUAAUAUCUAAAUUUUGUCGCCUUAUGUCUUGUUACCACGUUAUGCCUGUUCUAAUUGUUAGGUUUAUCCCUUGACCCACAUGGAAUAUAAAAAUACCUAAUUUGAUAGAUUUAAAAUUGUUUGUUAUUAUCAUAAAUUGAGAUUGGCUAUAAAAUUAUUUUAUUCAUAAACUAUUUUUAAUGUAGGUAUCAAUGUAUUUAAAUACCCAUAUAGUUUUGAUAUCGAACCUUGAAAUUAGGGCCUUGGCUAUGACUGUUCACAGACCCAAGGUGUUCAAUAUAAAACAAAAAAAAUACCUAUCCUUUUUCAAUUCUGUUAUGUUAUAAUAUACCUACAUUUUAUACACAUAUGUUUUUUUUUUUUUAACUGAAUAAAAAUAAUAACGCACUUUCAAAUUUCUUAUUUAAACUCUUGAAUCUAUUUAAAACUACACAAUGGAUUUGUAUUGGUCAUACCCCCAGCAACAACUGACACUACAAGUGUGUAAGAUAAACUGGACAAACAAAUACAAAUUGGAUAAUAGAAUAUAAAUAAAAAAUCUUAAAUGGGGGGGGGGGGAAUUUUGUUGUCAGUGCCUGGUAAAAUUAUAAAGUAGAAAAGACAGAGAUGAUACUAUGUGUACAAAAAGUUUUUAUAUAUUACACUUACACAUAUCCCCACCUUGCAUACACUCAAAUCACAUACAUCCUCGUAUCAUUCUUAAUUACAUUCACUCACCUUUGUUUCUAUCUUCCUCUUUCCCUAUGUUAUGCCCAAACCAUCCAGUCAAUUUUUCUCAUGUUGUCUAAUAUUAUAGACAUGCCUAUGCUACCUAUUAUGUACUCAUGCCUAAUCCUAUCUAUUCUCAUCACUCCACUCAUCCACCUGAGCAAUGCCAUAGCCAGGGGGUACAUGCAGUGUAGUGCAGUUUACUUAAAUUUGUUAUUUUAAUCUAAUUUAUUGUUAAUAGUUCUAUUAUAAGUAUUCUACAAUAUAUUAUUUUAUAUUAUUACAGCUAAAUAUCUCCAAUAAAUUACUGUGACAAUGCGCUUUUUGUAUUGUCAUUAUGGGUUUUUGUUCAGAUCUUAUCAUUAUCAGCUAACAGUUUUUCAUCUUGUUAUUUAUUAAUGUUAUUUUGAGUUAGAUCUAAUAGCUGCAAAUGUUGUGUUCAUGUUAAUUUUUGAAUAAUAUUUUAUAAUAAUAAUGUAAUUUAUUAAUUUUAGCUCCUCAGUCUGAGACUAAGUUAAUAAGUAUUCUAGCUUAAAAAAAACUUUUUUAGCUCUUAAAAAUGUUCAAAUUUAAUUCUCAUUGUUUAGGUUAAACAUAAGCCAAUUUUUGUUAACCUUAUAUAUUUUGUUGUUGUGUAUAGUAUCAUAUUAUACCUAUAAUAUUGAAAAAAAGUAAGUAAUAAACUUUUCCUUAAAAACAAACGUUGUAUUAUUAGUGCAAUACCUAUUAUUGUUUUAAUAACUACCAAUAUUCACCAUUUUAUAUGUUCUUUGAACAUCAUUUCAUAACUGGUGAUAAUGUAGGUAGUUUAUUAGUAUCUAUAUCAAGUUUUAUUAAUGAAGAUUACCUUGAUAAAAUUUAAAUAAACUUUUAUAAUUCUAUUCUUUAUUUAAAUAUUAUUUGGAUAUUUUGGGUUGUUUCCAGUGCAAUUGAUUAUUUUUUUGUGAUAGUUAAACUUUUUAUUUUAACAAUAAUUUUAACUAAAUUGUUAUCACCGUUGAUUUAUAUUCAUGAUCUAAUUUUUUUUAUUUUUAACUAUUUUAAAGAAUUUUUGAAAAUACAUAACAUACUGAGUUUUUAUUUAAUUAUUUGCCUUUAAAUUUAAAUUUGGCAAGUAAAUGAUUUUUAAAUUUGUUUAAAUAGGUACAUUUUUGUUAAUUGUUGAACUUUUUAACUAUACAAAUUUAAUAAUAUUUUAGUAAUUAGUAAAUAAAUCAAAAUUAAUUGAGAGGUCUCUAUUAUUAUUAUUCAAUAUAUUAUUGUGGCACAUACAAUUAUAUAUUUUUGUAUUUUUAAAAUGGUUCAUAUGUAGCAUCCUUUACAGUUCAAUCACAGAGUCCUGCAAAAUAAAUAUUUUUUUUUUUUGUUUGUAUAAUAAUACAUUACAGAUGUUGACAUACCAAAUUUAAAUCUGAAAUCAGUUUGUCUCACCCUAUUUUUUUUUUUAUUUACAUUAUCUUAAAAAUUUACUGGAACAAAACGUCCGUAACCUUAAACUUUUGAUGGGAGUGAAAACUUGUAAAAUGUCACCACUAUCACACAUUUAUUUGAUUAUAUUUAGAUAAUGAGUCAUCUAAAUGUAUUUAAAUAUACAAUUCUUAGAGUAGUAGAUGAAAGUAAAAUUAAUUACCUUGGAAUUCUUUUAAUUAAAUUAAUAUUUUUGUACCAAAUUUUUUUGUAUUAGUAUUGACUAGAUAAAAAUGCAUAAUUUAACUGGUUUUUCAAAAUAUUCUGUAUAGUUAUUUUGUUAUUAUAUUUACUUGUAGAAAAAAGUUGAUAAUUUCUAUAAUAAAAUACAUUUUUUUAUAGUGUUUUAAAUACUGAAUGUAUUUUAGAUUAUACAUUGACAGUAUAAUAUUAUCUGUUUCAGGAAGUAGCAAUUAAAUUUGAAAGUGCAAAAGCUCGACACCCACAGCUUCAAUAUGAAAGCAGACUUUAUAAAGUUUUACAGGGAGGAGUUGGAAUACCCCAUAUGAGGCAAGUUGUUUUUAUGUUAUUUUUAUAAAUCUCUUCACUGUUUUAUUCAUUGUUUGUAUUAAAUCAAUUUCAAGUAGACUUAACAACAAAUUCAAAUCUGUUUUUAAAAUAAACUAUACUAGAUCAGUAGUUUAGUAUGUUGAAAAUAAAACACAUUUAAAUUUGUGUUAUACAAAGACAGAGAGUUAUCUCUUUCAAUUUCAUUGAUGUUAAUUACUUUUGUUGUUUAUAUUUUUGUGUAAUAGUUUGUAGGUAUUUUAAAUUAUAUGUUAAGUGAUUUACACAUUAAUUGAAUUUUAUUAAAAACAAUUUGUUAUGUUAUGUAUUCAUCAGAGAUUUUCUAUGUAUCUGAUCAUUGGGUAAUUUCCAAUUACUCAAUACCAUAUCCAUUACCCAAAAAAUACUUGUUUGUGUGUAUGUAAAUUAUUACUCACCCAAAACUCUGUACCUGGUGUAUUUAUACAUUGUUAUCCUGUGCUAUACUUGGCACCUGGCUCAUUGACUACUAAUAAACUCUAUUUUCAUUUUUUGAAUUAUAAAAUCUUAAUUAGUAUUAAGUACACAAUACUCAGAGUGUCUGCUUUAACAGUUAUAACUGUUAUAACUUGAAUUUGACUGCUAGGUACCUAAGAUAGACAGGGUUUGAUAGAUAUUAUUAUUCAGUCAAUACUCCGUAUCCAAAUUUAUGUAAUUUAAAAUUAGUACUCUUUACCUAAAUUUUAUUUAAUGUAAAUUAUUACUUGUUUCCCAAUUUAUAAAUAAAUAAUUACCCAGAACAUCUGUAUAUAAUUUUAUAAUCUGACUCAGAUUUAAAAUUUAGAUAUAAUUUAAAUCAUCAUUACUCGUUAGUUAUUGGUCGCAGAUCAUAUAUUAAGUAAUUAAUAAUAAUAAAAAAAAAAGCUGAUAUUGCUGAUGGCUGUGCUACUGUUUUAGGUGGGAAUUUUAGAGGAGCGAAAUUUAUAGACAAAUUUAAGUCAUAUCAGUAUGAAUUGUGUAAUAAUAAAUCUUUAAAAUAAAAAAAAAAAUUGAUUCUGAGAGAAGUUUGGUUAAAUAUUUAUUGAAAUUACAUGAUUUUUGACAAAAUUUGAAUCUAAUACAAUUGUUCAAAAUUACUAAAUUAUAUUCAACUUCCUUUUUUGAACACUAAACAUAACUUAUGAUUGAACUUGUGUUAAAUUUUCGAUCUUUUUUGUUGGACAAAAACUAAAAAAUCUUAACAAUUUUAAAUGGCUGUAAAUAGAUCAAAUAUCACCAGUAUGUGUUAAAAAUUGUACCAAGUCUAGAAAAAGCUGAAAGUAUUCUGUGAAAAUAAUUUCAAAUUUGUACGAUUAUUUUUAACCUUUUUUAAGGUUCAUUAAAAAUUGUGUAUAUUUUCUCGUUUCCCGACCUUUUAAUAAUUUAAACAUAGUACUUUGUACUCUAUCACGUCGAUACGGUAAAUUCCUAUUAAAUAACUGAAAUUGUAUUAUUAAUUAUAAUUUUAAAAAUUAUAGUAAUUUAUGUUUUCAUUUAUUUCCAAAUUAUAGUUAUGCCGUGUAUAUUUAUCAGUGGCGUGCCCAGAUGAGAGAGUUUAGGGAUUAUAUAUCCCCCUUCUUUCCAUUGGCUUAAAAAUACAACAAAGUGUGAGUAAUCUAAUAUCGAAACUUAAACAUUUCUACUGAUUUCCGAGUAAAUACUUGAUGUAUUGAUUAGAAAUUGCCUUUUUUUUAAGAUCCGGCUUUUAAAUUACCAAUUACCAUAGUCGAGUUGAGUAGAGGAGAUGAUUUUACUUUUUUCACGAUUUGUAUUUGUUACAUCCCCUCCUAUUGAAAAUUUCUGGGCACGCCACUGAUGUUUAUAGCUGAAAAUUUACUAUUUUAAUGUUGGUUAAUAUUCAGUAUUAGUACAUAUUUAUACCAUUUACUAUCAUCGUUUAAAAAUACAAAUUGUAAUAAGUAAUUCGCGUGUAUAAAAUAUAAGUAUAUAUAAAUAGGUAAUCUAACUAUCGAGAUUAUGUGCGAAAUAUGGCAUUCAUGCAAAAUAAAAUAAAAACAAUUUUUUGUGGUAUGAAAUAUUUUCGUGUUAAUGUGGUGAAAGAGAGGUGGCCGGAGUUUAUUUUUGCAUUUGUUUUUCAAAGUUUCCUAAAAGAUCAAGUCUUCACUGGUAAAUUUUUCUAUUUUCAGGGAAAGUUAGAAAAUAUAACAUUGUAUAGAUAUAUGGUUUCAAUGUGUUUUAUUAUUUAGUACCUAUUACAAACAAUGUUUUAUAUAUGUACACUUUAUAAUUACUACAAUGUUAUUUAUUUAAAUAUUUAAAAAUAACUUUUAUUUAUUUAUAUAACGUAACAAUCUCGGUGACAAUAAACAAUAACACUAAAUAACUGGUUAAUAAAAUAGUAACAUUAACGUAAAUAAACAUUUUAAGUUUUAAAGAGAACAAAUUGAAUUAAAUAUUAAGAUAAAUUUAGUUAAAUGUUAACAUUCAGAAAGUCUUAGUCAGGCCACUGCACUGGGUGUUACUUUCUAAAGUCCUCUAAAUUACCGUCAUAUUUUCUCAAUUGGCAGUCCAAAAUUAUGUGUUGCGUCGACUGCGAACCUACUCUGCCAUUACACUCCAGGUUUUUCCUGGACCUCCAUUUGUGCGUUAGCUCGUUACACCUUCCUUGUCCCAUGCCCAUGCGGUUAAGUCUCAUUCAAGUUUUCCUAAAGAAGUUCAUUCCUGGAACAGAAGUGUGAACGUCAUCUUUACAGAUACCUCUUGGUGUCGCUCUUCUGCAUAGGUCAAAGGCGGUUCUCCUCUUAUCCGUGACGGUCAGAGUUCUUUGUUAAAAGUGCUUCCGAAAUUUAAAAAUAAUGUUCUUAGUGUUAUCACAUGGUAACGAGACUUCUUCAAAAAACUAGUAAAAAAAAAAAAAAAUUCCAGGCCUAAAUAAAUAAUUGUAUAAACGUGUGGUGGGUUUUGAAUAUUAUAUAGCGUUAUUAAGGACAUGGGUAUACGUUUAUUAGAUUAAAGUAAUAUUUUCGACAAAUUAAUAACAUUUAGUAGGUAUGCCAAAAUUAAGACUAUAUAUUAUUAUAUUAUAUUUUUCGUUUGGUAGUAUUAUUAAUUAUUAAUACGCCCAUCACUUCCAAAUUUUUUUUAUUUAAAACAUCGUAUUUAAUAAAUAGUUACGCCGUAUCUUUAUUAUUGUUGUAGUACCUGUACAUUCGAUCUUCUUUCUGUGUAACAUUUUACGGCAUAGGUAUUUAUAUCUAAUUAAAUAUUAUAUAACGUGAAUUUCAUAAUUGCGGUGUAUUUUGGUAGUUUCUGCAGAUAACAUGAUCAUUGGCCGUAGGGUACUGUUUUAAUUUCAAAUACAUUGUUAGUAUUUAAGAGGACGUUACUUGUUGUUUCCGUCUUAUAAACGCACGAUAGGUAUAGUUAAAACAUGCCUACGUAGACUACAUAGAACUAGUUUACUUUUGGUUUUAGAAUAAAAACACAUUGUAAAAUUUAAACAGAACGAUAUUCAGGAGGACCAAGACGUUGCGUUUUUAAAUUCCGAGCGUAGCGAGUGAGCUAUUAGUUUUACUAUGCUGUUUUAUUUUUUCUUUUAGUCUGUGGAUACGUUUUUUCCUAGUAAACUUGCUCUGAUUUUUACGUGUAUUAACUUUUCUGAAAGCUCAAGUUGUUUAGAUUGUACAUUAAUGAGGUCAAUUUUGAAUUUUUAAAUAAAAACACUUAAUUGGGAAAAAACAUAGGAAAACGUGUAAUUUCACGAUUUCAUUAUUUUAUAAAAACAUGGAUGUUUUCUACCAGAAAAAGUGAUUUCAUCGAAAAAUCUAGAGAUUUGAAACUUGGUAAUAAUACUUAUAUUAGACUUACCUAGACGUGGUAAAAUAAAUGAAAAUCGCAAAAAAAAAUAACGGCACUUUAAAAUUAUGUAUUAACGAACUAUGCUCGGAAUCGUCUUCGUCAAGCAAUGGUUUAUCGUUGCUUGCAGAUAUAAAUGAAAUAACCUUUUGUAUCCCAACUUCUCAUCUACAACAGUGGCUUCUCCUAUCACCAGUAUCAGCUAUUUUUUUUUUAUCAUUUUCUCCGAACAGUUAGUUUAUUAAUAACGACUUUUUAACAUCAUCUAAUUCACCAAACUUUUGAAAAAAGUAAUGUUUUUAAAAUAAACUGCAACGUCUUGACCACCGGAAUAUUUUUCUCUAUUAGUUUCAUAAUGGAUGCUUUUACUCUAAAACCAAAACUAAUAGAAUUCUGUGUAAAAAUGAUUUUAUUGCGUCGUGUGCUUGUAAGACGGAAAUAAUAAACGCAUAUUGUGUAGCGUCCUCCAACCAAUUAUAAUAUGAUACUGGAUUCAUUUAUUGAUUUAUUGAUUACCCUAUUGUCUGGGAUAUUUCUAAUAUCUAUAUCUAAAUAGGUCUUGAAACGUAAUCAUUAAAAAAAAAAAUAGCGAUCCAUAUUUUAUUUCUAAAUUAAUAAUUUAUUUUAGUGAUAACCGUGUUGUUGUUGUUGGUACCUAUAAUACGGGUGUUAUUUAUUAUAAUACUAUAAUUUUUUGAUAGUUCCUUUUACUAAUAAUAAUAAUAAUAAUAAUAAAAUAUCAUCGUGUUAUUACUAGUCGAUUUGUGUUAAAAUUCCUCCGAGUCGUUUUUAUUGUAUUUCAAAAAGUUUAUGCGGUAUUAUACUACAAACAAUAUUGUUAUUAUUUUUAUGUAUACGACGACGACGUAUUCCGACCGAUUCUUUCUCCUGGAGCGCCGGUGCUACGUAAAAUACACAGAAGUUAUUUGUGUAGGUAUAGGAAUAUCACGAAACUUUUCUAUUGCUCGCGGACGCGGCAACGUCGCGUACGGUACCGCGCCGGGUCCGGUGGUCCGGCAACGUCGCUAAGGGCCAUUAAACCGUCAUCAUUGUCUUCGUCCGCCGGGGCCCCGUCAGCUGCGAACACUGCUCGAUCGAGCUCGUCUUCUGCUACUGCCGCCGUCGUCGUCAUUCGUGUCUACCGGUACAAGUGUACAACUCUGUGCACGUAGUAUCUAACAAACGGCCGCGUCUCCGCAAAAACGAACGCGUUUUUCUCUCUCGUAGUUUUCUAUUAUACAUACAUUUCGACAUUUAUAUUAUUAUUAUCGUCAUACCUACCUAGCUAUUAUAAUAUUAUUAGUAUAAUAUACGUUCGAUUAUUGGCAAUAACACGGGUCGUCGUCGCGCAUUUAACACAUUAACGGACACUUGUAAUAUAAUUUUUACUGUUAUAUUAGUAGUGCUAUGCCUGCCUCAAAAAUCUGUGUUAUUUGUCAGUGUAGGCUGUCCACUGUCUUCUAUGAUCUGAUACCACUGAAAAGAUUACUUCUUCCGCAGUAUUAACGUAAUAUGACAUUUCACAUAUUACUGCCAUAGCAGUAAUGUCCGGUCAAUGUGUUAAAUUUUAUUCGCGCGAUGGCCGUCGUCGUACCGCACACGUGUGCCAAUCUAAUAAAUAAUACUGUUGUACAUGGUUAAUGAACAUCGGCAAAUAAAUAUAAAGCUCGAUGAUCCUGCUGGUGGGUUUUUUUCCCCGAAUUUUUAACAAUCAAUUUGUUAUAUCAAAUUAUUAACUAUUAUUUGAGUUUUACAGAAAACAAUCAUAGAGUGAUCCGAUUUAAAACCUUUUUUUAAAAUUGGUCGCUCUAAUUAUAGCGUUUUUUAAAAUAUAACUGUUACGGCCGUUAUGUCUUAAUAAUAUACUGUCCCUUGUAAAUUUGGUUUAGUUUUUUCUGAAGCACAUUUUAGGUAGACAACGACUAUAAACGGAGCGAUAUCAUGGGUAUUUACAGAAUAAUUGCCGUAAAUGGACAUUUUAUAAGGACGUAGUAAUAUUAUACAACUUUAAAUUAUCAUUUUCUUAUAUUUUAUGUUAUACAAAUAGCAUUUCGUUUACUCCAUCCAAUGAUCUUAUUUUGGAAUAAACUACAGUAUUAUUUUGAAAGUACUUAAACAAUAUAUCUCGAGAAAAAACUAGCUCUCUAUUUUUGUAGUACAUAUUUUCAAAUUCAAAAAUAUAUUUUUAUUCUGAGAUUUGUGAUUUACACGUCAGUUAAUGAACUUUUUCUUUUACAUGCAUAAUUAUUAUAAUUGUAAACACGUUGGUAACCCUAACCUAACCUACAUAUCGUAAAAUUUAUUUUACAUAAUUCGUGUGUUUAUAACCGAAAACUAAUAGCAUAUCAAGAUUGUUAUUGUACUGAAAUAUUGUAAUUUAAUUGUAUAUUUAUUUUUGUAACAUUAUACGACGGGUGUCAAUGUUGUGCAAAUAUUUUCGAGGAAUAAACGUGAACGUCACGUGCUCUCGUAGCUGAUAACCUAACACUGGUGGUGCCCAAACUAUGUUAUAUUUGUCUAAUAUGCCUAUUCAUUACAUAAACAAUACUACCCACCCACCCCUUAUGGUUAAUAGUUUAUAUUCCGUACUUAGAUUCAAAAUUCUUUCUUAAAAGAUCAAAUUGGGAAUAUUAUGCGGUAUCAAUUUUAUUUGUUUAUUUAUUUGAAGAAUACUAGGCCUCUUUAAAAAAACUUUGUGUGGACAUUAAUUAAGUCUUUACAUUACUAUAACUUAAGGUCCCUUCGAACCACCACUAUCCAAGUCAUGAAUGUUAAACUUAAUUAUAGUUUCGACGCCACUACCGGACAUACUAACAGUACCCUGGGCAUUUUUUAAUGAAUAUCCAUUACGAGUACACUCCCUCUCCACUAAAAAAAAGCUCCAUGAGCAUCAAACCUUUUUCCUACAUUUUGAACUUUCUCCAAUUACCCUUAACCAUACGAGUAUUUCAUGUAUAAAAUAUAAUAUUUUGUUAUAAAAUCUAUAAUUUCAAUCAUUCCAAAUUAUAUUUUAGUGUACACACAGUAAGUACACAAUAAUAAAUAGUACAGUAGACUUUACUGUGUGACCAUUUGCCCUGUUUGUUUAACUAUGCAAUAAAUUCUAAAGUUUGUAUUCGUGUAUUGGAAAAAUAACAGUUUCAUGUAUACGGAAAUAGCCAUCGGAAUUCUGUGUGUUAUUAGAUAAUAAAUAAUAAAAUUGCAUUAUUUCCUAUUAUAGUUUUUGUUUUACAACAAAACAAAUAAAAUAAAACAUUCGAUUGCCACUCGUAUCAUUGUGUUCUUCUAUUAUUUUAUAAGCAUUGUACAUUUCGUUCCCUUUAUUUCGUGUAUUUGGCAUUUUUACUAAAUAGAUUAAUGCCGGGUUUAUUAUUAAUUAUUUUAUCACUUUAACCAUACCUAGAAAUUGUAUGAUUCAAAUAUAAAAUAUGCCGAUUUUUGAUCUGAAUACUAAUAUGUUCGGAUUGUUGAAAAGCACGAUUAUAGAUAGUUAUCUACAAUCGUGUUAAAAAAUAAAACAUCACAAUUAUAUUACAUUCACGCUCAUGAUUAUAUUAGCUAUCUUAAACUAGAAUUUUUAAUACAAUUUAAGCAAGUUUGAUUUUUUUUUCCUUAUUUAAAAAAUGUUAACAUAAAUAUUUGUUGCCAUAAUUAAGUAUGUAUAUCAAAUUAUUGUUUUCAAAUAAAUUUUAACCUCUGAUAAUAUAGUUUAUUAUCUCAAUAUGCAUUAAGGACAUUCAAUUUUAUAGUUUUCAAAAAUUUAGAAAUGUAGAACUAACAAUUUUACUCGUUUAAAUUGGAUGAGUCCAGCGAUGUACAAAAUUGUAUAUCUAUUUUUAGAUAUCUAAUGCCAGUCAAAGGUUUAAAUAUAACUAUUUUAUAUAAUACAUAUACCCGAUAUUAGGUUCAUGCGUAUAAACCGUGGUAUCGACAUUAUCAAAAUACACUUAUGGAAAUUAAAGGGUUUUUUUUUAUUAUUUUUCAACAGUGUACUUAUGGAUUUAUUUAUUAAUUGUAUUUGGCCAAAUAACAGCGUUGAGUUUUUUCAAUUCCAAAAUAAAUAUCAAUUCGUUUGAAUAAUAGUUAGAAAAAAACAACACUGGAAUAGGGUUUUCAAGUUUAUAUUUUAAUUUUUAACUUCCCCCCUCUCCAAGUAUCAAUGAUGAAACGUCGUUAUUCUCUCAAAUUUGAUUCACUUAUUUAUUUUUGUUACACUUUUGAAUGAAAACGGUUUUAAAUCGACAGCGUCUCUAAUAAAAAUGUAGGUAGGUGUAUACUGUAUAUUAUGUAUAUAUACACAUUCGUUCUAAAUCAGCCAUCCGUUUCGGCGGUUGCGUAGCGCCCGAUGUCACUAUAGCAACAUUUGGUCCAAAUAAACGGAAACCUCGGAACAUAAUAAUAUGUAAAAUGUUUAAAACUACCGGCGAAUGUUAAUUGUACACAUUGGAUAUUAUCAAAUCCAUUAUCCGAUUAUGUUAUACACGCAGGCACACAAAACAGUUUACCGGAUUAGUUUAAUAAAAUUUAAUUCCGUUGAAAAUGAGUGAAUAGCACAGUACGUGUAGAUUAACGGUUCUCAACCUUUGUGUGAUAUUUCCCCAGAUUUUUCAUGCGAUUUUUUUGAAAAUAAUUCUCAAUGAGAGCUAGCCGCCCUACCCAACACACUUAAAUGUUCAAUUAUCGUAACUGAAAAAAAUUAUUACCUUUCAUUUUAUUUUUAAAGAAAUAUACAUGAUUAAACGAGAAAUGGACACCUUGUAAAGUUCAAAAUAUUAAUAGUUGAUACCAAAACAAAUGCGGAUUAAUAACUUGUCGAAUUUAAUCGUUUCAGUGAGUCAACCGAUAAAGUAUAUGUAUAGCUUGAUAUUUAUGUUUGAAAGACCAUAGUACAAAAUAUUAUGAAUUUAUACUUGUUCGUCGAGAAAAAUAAUUUACGGAAAAUGUUUUUUAAAACUAUUUUAUACAGUUAUAUACAGACCAUUAUUUAGUCUGGUAUGAAAAUAUUUGUUGGCGACCCGUUCAAAAUUACCCGCGAUCCGAAAUUGGGUGCUAGCCAUUUCGCAUAAAUGUUUAAUAUUAUAAUUCAAUAAAAUGUUGACCUUGCCGUAACCGUAUUGCGCCUAUAGGUUUUACACUGAUUUGUGUUGUUUUACUACACCGUAGUAUUUAUCAAUUCAUAUUGUUUUUAAUUAGAAAUCACUUUUUUUUCAUAUUGUCAUUGUUUUCCAUCGAUUUUCGCAAAAAUAAAAAAAAUAAUUUAGAUAAAACGCGGUUAUACCUGUUUCCUAUUAUUAUUUUCACAAAAUAUUAUUAUUAUGGGCCUAAUGCAGUAUUUACAUAGUUUAUAUAAUAAUCAAUUUACACUUUUAUUGUACAGUCUGCACUUGUAUUGUUCAAAAAUAAAAAAAAUAUGUUCAUAGCAUAUGUGUCUACGAAGGUACGUCAUCGAUUUUAUUAUUGUUAAAUGAACAAAUUUGUAUAAUUUGAAAAUAAUAUUAUCUUAUACUUUACGAACGUUUUUAUUAUUUAAAUUUGUGCGAGAGAGUAGUAGGCCGGGUGUAAUGAAUAAUGGAUAGGUCUACGAAUAUAUAGAUGUAUAAUAUUAUUAUAUUAUUAUAAUAAUAAUGUAUAACGCUAUGCUAUCUUGUGAAAUAGACAAACAAAAAGAGAAAAAAUAGUUCAAUGAAAUCAUGAUGGCUGCGUACUAUGAAGUAGUUAGGUGGUCGUGUUAUUCUCGUUGUGUCUAGUUUUUCGGUUACCGGCGAUAUUCAUUCCCCCUUCCCGCGAUUGCACGAAUUUUAUUAAAUAAAAAACCAUCUGCUCAUUCAACAUGGAUAUUUACGUCUGUAGACGUCGCAUUAAAAAUAAACUCAAACGUUAUUAUAUUAAUAAUUAAAAUAACAUUUAUUUACGAGUAUUUGAAAAGAAAAAAGAAAAGGUACGGAUAUCAAUAUUAUUUAGGACGUGAGACAAUUUAAAGGGUGGACGAUUAUUUGGGUCUUUCUUUCAUUUUUUCCUCGGUGAUGUAAGUCGGAAAUCAGUUUUAUAGGUCACCGGGCGGAGUUACGUGUAUCAUAUAAUAUUCUGUACAGAGGCGCGUGAAAAUAUACCACGCCUACGAACCACAGAUUUCGUUUUCUAUUUUCAGGCUGUUUUCACUUUUUUUUUUUUUGAUUUUUAUCACUUAAACUUACAUAUCUCAGACCCAUUCUGAUUUGAUUGUUUUUAAAAACAUUUCCAAUAAUAUCUACCUGUCUGUCGUAUUGUCAAUACAAUUUGUAUAAAUACAAAAUGUCCAUUGAAUGUAUAAUAUUAUUUUUAUUCCAUGCUGUUGAUACGUUAUAUUUUUGUAGAAGUCGGAUAGUCUAUUUUACCUUUUUUUUUCUAUAGUACGUAAUUACAAGAUUAGCAUCCAGUUGAUUACGAGUAUAGCUGUAUAAGAACUGUGGGUAAUUGAAAAAUGAUCUUUUUUCAUCAGUACGUGUUUAAGUCACAACCUUUAUUUAUAUUUUUCAUUUUAUGGUGAUAAGUUUUACGAACAUUCUCUUAUAAAAUUAAUAAUUACUUGAUGUCAUGAAAUUGUAUGUUAUAUAUUAUAUUAUCUGUACAAUUUAAUGAUAAGUUAUUAUGAUGCGAUUGUGCAGUUGAAUAUAAAAUAAUUAAAAUAUAAUAUUUAGUUAGGUUUAUUUUUAGUUUGUGUUAUUCAUCUAUGAACGGAAACGAUAAUUAUGUAUUUAUAUUACAUCCAUUUCAAACCAAAUGGUUGUUAUUUUUUAAAUUGUAUUUAUAAAUUCAAAAAUAAAUGGUAUUUCCUAUUAUUUCCAUAUUUUCCCUGCAGCAUUAUUGUGCUGCCAUUAAAUGACCUUUUAUAUAACUGAAGUAGGCACAUAGUUAAUAAAUUGUCUUUUAAAUACUUUUGUUUAAGAAGAUAUUUUGCAUCCCAAUAUAUAAGGGAUUACGUAUUAGCAAUUUUAACGAAGUGCAAUAAAUAAAAAUAAAAAAAAUGAACAUUUAUCAUUAUCAACUCAAAAAUAUUAAUUGAGUUCACUUUCAAACAUAUUUUUAAAGUGAGCUAGUAGUAUGGCGUAUCGUUAUUAUUACAAUUGUGUAAUCAUGAGAUUUCUUUAAUAACUAUGUUCACGUGAAACAGGGAAGCCAUCCAUAGUGAUUUUUGGUUAUUUCAAUAUUAUAUUAAAAAUUAUGACACCAUUAUCUAGGAUAUGCAGCAUAAUAUAUUGAUUUUUAAUUUACUUGAAUGAAACAGUAGAUAUUCGUGAUUUUUUCGUGUGGCAAUUUUUUUUACAAUUUAAUAAAACUUCUCUUUUUAUAAAUUAAUAUUUCAUUCCAUAGUUUAAGUUAAUAUAUUGAAGAAAUUAAAAAUUUUUUGGGUGUGAUCAAUAGUUUCAGUUUUUUGUAUUGGGUUUUAAAAUAUACAUUUAAUUAUCAUGCCAUUGAGUAAAAGAUCAAUUUCAAUUUUAGUUAUUUAAUUUGAUUUGUGUUUUACAGUUCAGUAAUUUAUUAUUGGUUGAAUAAUAGCAAAUGCCUUGUUGAAAAUAUAUAUGCAUUGUGUAUAUGUACCGAUAAAAAACUCAGAAUUCAAUAAUUAUAAUGUAAAAGAUGGAAUACAAAAACCAGCAGGUGUCCUAUCCAACACUUGGCCUUUGUCUCACAUUUUUCAGCUAAGCUUAAAUCUGCAUUGUAUUACUAUAUUAAACUUGAAAGCCACAAUUAAUUAUUGCAUGUGAAAAACUACUCUUGACAAGAUCUAAUAAUAAUGUUGUAGUUUAUAAAAUUAUUGUUCUGUAAAAGGCAGAAUUUAAACUUUUAAAAUAAAAUUGUUUCUAGGAAAUUCUUAAGGUGUUUAAAAUUAUGAUUUCAUUAUUAUUUUCUAUACACUAUUGACAUGUGAGAUUUAAUGACAAUUAGACUACAUUUGAAAUGAAAUAAUACAGUUUUUAAUUAUUUUUUGCUUGCAUUUAUUCUUUCCAUUCUUUCCUUGUUUUUGAGGCAUUGAACUCCUAAGAGUUCAAUUAUCUAACUGUUUAGUUGCUGUAUGAAUAUAUUUUAGCAUGGUUAUUGUAUAAAAAAAAACCAAUUGAUUAAUAAUUCUGAGCCUAGCAAGGAACUAAGUUUCAUGCGGGUAUGGAUUUUUCUUAUCCUUAAUUUUAAAUUUUUGGUUCCAUUUAGUACUAUAAUUUGCUCACAUACUUAAUUGUUGCUUUCAUAUUUAAAUUUUUCAUUGAUCAAUAUUUAAUUACUAAUAUUUAAAAUCGAGGAGUAAAUCUAAAUGAGUUUCUAACCACAGAAUCCUUGAUCAGCAUUUUUUAAAUUUAUUUAUGCAAUAGUUAUAACCAAUUUAGACAAUGAUUCAAUAAAUUAUACUUAAUACAUAGAUUUGUACCUUUAUAUGUACUUUAUUUAAUGCAUUUUUUCAUAUAUAUUUAGUAUUUGAAUAAUAAAUUAAUAAAUGUAUCAAAUUAAUUUUAAUGUGCUGUCUAUAAAUCACUUGAUAUAAAUGUUUAUUUUUUUAUUGUUAACAUACUUUUUAAGUAUUUAUUGUAGUUGUUACUUUGAACUGGUAUCUAACCUUUUGAUGGUUGACAAUGUAAAACAACAUAUAAGUUUUAAUAUACAUAUUUUUUAUUAACUAUGGUAAUUAUUUUAUUUUUAGAUGGUUUGGAUUAGAAAGAAACUACAACAUCUUAGUGAUGGACUUAUUAGGUCCAUCAUUAGAAGAUCUUUUCAAUUUUUGUUCACGGCGGUUUACACUAAAAACAGUUCUUAUGCUUGCUGAUCAAAUGAUUAGCCGUAUUGAGUAUGUACAUUGUAAAAGUUUUAUUCAUCGUGAUAUUAAACCGGACAACUUUCUAAUGGGAAUUGGUCGUCAUUGCAAUAAAGUACAUAAUAUUACACUUACUUUAUUAUAAAUUUAAUUUAAGACAAUUUUUUAAAAUUAAAUUUUCUCUAUUUCCAUAUAUUAUUAUUAUUAUUUUUAGUUGUUCCUUAUUGAUUUUGGAUUGGCAAAAAAAUAUAGAGAUAUGCGCACAAGGACGCAUAUUUCGUAUCGUGAGGAUAAAAAUCUUACAGGAACAGCCCGUUAUGCUUCUAUCAAUGCUCAUUUAGGAAUUGAACAGAGGUAAUUUAAAACAUUUCUUGUAAAAUUACAAUUAUUAAAUUUUUACGAUUUUAUUUUCAGCCGCCGGGAUGAUAUUGAAUCCCUGGGAUAUGUACUUAUGUAUUUUAAUAAAGGAUGUUUGCCAUGGCAAGGAUUAAAGGUACAAUAUUGCUAUAUAUUUCUGUUGUUAUUUACUGCAUGUAUAUUUAUGCCAUUUAAUAAUGAAUAUACACUCAUUUUAUGUGAUCAAAAAUAAACCUAUUUAAUAAUAUACCAACCUAAAUAGUUUGACUUGUUUACAUGUAAAAUGUCUAAAUCAUUAUUCUAUAAUAUAAUAUUAAACCAUUUUAUCUUUGUUGAUUUAGUUCCAUAUAAUAGUUAUUCAUGUCUCUAAGUUGUAUCUUCUUCUUUAUAAAAUUGUCCAUGAUCUUCAACUGUUGUCUAUAGUGUAUAUUACAUACUGUGUUUUAUAGCAUAUGCUAUCUCUGUCAUAUAACUUCGCAAUAUAACAAUUUUUUGUUCAGUGGGGACAACUCUAUGUUAUUAGUUUUAAUAUUUUAGUAAAUUAAUCUACUAUCAAACUUAUAUAUAAGAAUAUUAUCUGUAGCUUGUCGUAAUUUAAAAUUUUCAAUUGAGAUGAGUGUGUGAAGUAUCACAAUUUAAAAAUGUUUACUUCUCUCACUUAAAAAUUAAAAUAAUAAAAGGAAAAAAAAUGUUGACACGACAGAAUGUUUUAUCUUUAAGUUUUAUUUUGCGUCAAUUCACUUUAUUAUUAAAACUAUCAAUACAGUUCAUGUAUGUCUUCUUUAGAAUUCAUUACUAUUCAAGAAUUUACUAUGUUUAACUAAACAGGACACAUAAAAAAAUGUUGUUUCUUGGACCAUAAAUUGUGUUCUUAAGGUUGAAAUAUUGUUUCAAUAUAAAUAAGAAAAGUUUAAAAAGAAGAAUUUUUUUGAUGGUUUUACACAAAUAAUCAUCAUACAAAAAAGUUUUAGUUAUUUAAAAGAAAAAUACAACAUAGUUAUCCUUUUUUUGUAGAUCAUUGUUUUAGAAAAAAUCAAAGUGCAGUGAUAAUAUUUUCCACUUUAAUAUUUGUGUUUAAACUAAUUUCAACCCAAAUUUUGUUUGUCUUAUACUCAUAAUUAAUUUAUUAUUAUUGUUUUAUUUUAGGCAGCAACAAAAAGGCAGAAAUAUGAAAAAAUUAGUGAGAAAAAAAUGUCAACACCUGUCGAAUUCCUAUGCAAGGUAAAGUUUUUUUUAUUUAUUUUUGAGGAAAUACUAUUAACUACAAUUGUAAACUCAUUGUUUAUUUUAUACUUGGAUUUUAAUUUAGAAGAUAUCCAGUAAAAAAUAACUAGAGUUAAAUAUUUUUAAAAUAAAACAUUUUAACAUUAUAUUCUGAGUGAAGCAAAAAAUGUAUAUGUUUUACAAAAAAUUGUGUUUAUUUUUUUAUGUAAACACUUUCUACUAUCAAUUUUAAUCCAAUUUACAAUGGUAGCACUUUUUCUGAAUUGAAAUCUGACUGGGGAGGUACUUUAGAGAGGUAAUUUUUUGGAAUUUUCCCAGCAAAUGUGAAAACUGGGAAAACUUAAGAAAAUCGGUACAAUAUUAAAUAAAUAUUAUAGAAAAUAUAUACUGCCUAUUUAAAUAUAUUACCAUAAUAUAUUAAUAUAAUAUAUAAAUUGUUGACAUAAUAUCACUAUCAACUGAACUCCGCUCAGAAUCUUAUUUUUAGUAAGCAUUGGUUUAUCGUUGCUUACAGAUAAAAAUUAAUUUUCUCUCUACGUCCUAUCUUCCCUACUUCCUGUCACUAUUAUCCUAGAAUAGCUCUUUUUAACUUUAUUUAAUAGCAAUUAUUGAUCUGAAUAUCUAUUUUACUGUUUAUAAUGUAUUAUAUAUAUAUAUUAUAAAUUUAAAUUUAUAGUAUAUACUUGUGAAGUGAUAAGUGCACUAAUUUUAAUAAUAAACAAUAAUGAUUAUUUUUAACAAAUAAAACAAUUGUUGGUAAAUAACGUAAUUUGUAUUAAUUUAUUUUUUCAUUAAUAAUAUUUUUUUCAAUUAUAUUAAUUAUUAAUUGUUAUUUUAGGGACUGCCAGCAGAAUUUGCCAUGUUCCUAAACUACAGCCGAGGUUUAAGAUUUGAAGAAUCACCAGACUAUAUGUACUUGAGACAGUUAUUCCGCAUUUUAUUUAGAACAUUAAAUCAUCAAUAUGAUUAUAUAUUUGACUGGACUAUGUUGAAACAAAAGGAGUACAAUAAUGAGGGGCAAAGUGCUACUGUACCACAAGGUGGCUCACCUGUGUCCGGAGCUGCUGCAGCUGGAGGGCCACAACCAUUUCCCCCUCAGACAUCAGCAACCUUAGGUAACCCAUAAACAUAUUACAUGUUAAUCGAAAAAAUUAUGAUCUUUGUCCAAUAAACAAACUGAAAAUCACCAUUAAAUGAAAAUUUUUUUAAUAAGAACCUUGGAAAUAUUUAUGUACUGCCAUAAUUAUUGGUAACUGAUCUAGCUAAUUAUCUCUUACAGUUUGUUUUUAUGUUCAAUUUUUCAAUCGUAAUUUUUUUAAUUUACAAUUUGCAACGUAAUAUUUUUAUAUUUAAAUAUACAUUAAAAAAAAUUUGGAAAAACAAAAAAAAAUAUGUGUGUUAAUAUUUUUCUAGCUACUGCGAACCAGGCGACCAAGAACUGAGCCUUCAUGUACUUUAAUUUUAGCUUUGAAUUUAUAAAUUGAUUUAAAUAUUUUGAAAUUCAGCAAUUAAUUAAAGCGAUGUCAACUCUGAAAUUCAAAUCUUUUUAUUUUUAAAUUUUCAAAACUGUGCACAAAUAUUUAAAAAAAAAUUCUCACACGAAGUGUAUUAUUUUAUAUAUAUUUUUUUUAAAUUUUUAGUGUAUUACAUCAUAAUGUACAUCAAUUUUUGUUUCAGGUAAUCGCUAAAAUUAAAAAUUAAACAGCGGAUCCUUUAUCCUUAACCCUCCUGGCCUCCUCUAUUUAAAAUACGAUUUUGUAUUUUUUUUACUUAAAUGUUAUUAUUUAGCAGUAUAAAAAAAAUAUGUAAAUCGACUUCCUUUAUUUUGUGGAGUGAAGUGGCCAAAAUUGAUAUACUCUAUCUCAUCUUUUUUAUAAUUAAUUCCUUUCAUUGACUUUAUUAUUAUGGAAACCAGCUAUUUUGAAAAUACACGCCCUUGUAUGUAUUGUCAAUUCAAAUAAGUCUUACUUCAUAAUGAUAUAUAAAAAAUAUAUGUAUAUAAUAUAUUUAUAUAUAUAUAUAUAUAUAUAUAUUUUUUUUUUUUGAAAAUUUAUGUAUUAGGUGUUACAGAAAUUUACUUUUAAAUUAAAGUAAUUAUAUUUAAAUAAAUGUCGUU